GGGUGGCGGGCAGCGGGGGUAAAGGCAGCGUUGCUGGGGCCCCCGGCCCGGCCUGCGCUCGCGCGCCGUGCCCAAGGCACGGCGUCUGUAGCCGCUGCCGCCGUGUCCUGGGCCCCGGGCCUGGCUUGUUGGGGUCGCCCCGGGGCAGAGAGGAGGCCUCCGCGGGGUGGUGGGCCGCAGCGGGCGCGGGUGUCCGCUCGUGGGCCGCCGCCUCACGCGCCCGGGACCCCAGGGAUGGCAGCGGACAUUAUGUCCACUUUUCAGGAAUUCUACUUUGUCACUGUGUGAAAGAAGAACACUUCUCACGUUGGACCAAACCAUUCUUGCAAACCAACUUAAAGUAUCUCUGACCCCAGAAGAGGCUCUGAGCACCGUGGGCAGGCCUGGGAUGUGGGAGAUGCAGCCUGUUGCGUCGACGGCUCUGCCAGGUCCCAGGCAGGCACUCCUUCAGCAGGCCUUAAGAUGGCGGCCCUGGGGGACAGUCAGGAGCCCUCUCAUGUCCCAUCCCCUGUCAAUCUCGAGUCACCAGGGACUCCUGGAGCCCACCACCACAAGGCCCGGUUUCAUCUCUACAGUCACCAACACGGAUCCCCCACCUGCAGCCCUGAGGUGUUUUCUCAGUCACCGCUGGAGGAGGAACUGUCGGACCUGGAUCUUCAGGAUGUGGAGGAGGUCCGGAUUGGGAGAGACACCUGCUGGCCAGAUUCUGAGUCAGAGUCCGAGCAGGCUCCAUCGUCUCCCCACCCGCACCAUCCUGAAAAUGAGGUGGAUCAGGCCGGGGGGGCGCUGAGGACCCUUCUGAGGAGCCUUCCCUGUAGACCCAAGUGUGGGGACGGCUUUGGACAGGAGCCCAGCUUGGAGCUGCCAACUGGCCAGCCUCCAGGGGUCACGCCCUACAUGCAGAAGAGGGGCUCCUGGCAGGUGGCGCUCCUGCCACAGGGGGCCCCUGGGACUGAGGGGGGCUCCGAGCUGGGGGCUGGCUUCGGGCGGGGUGGUGCCCCAGGUGGGAAGCCCCACAGGUGUGAGGCCUGCGGCAAGAGCUUCAAGUACAACUCACUGCUGCUAAAGCACCAGCGCAUCCACACGGGGGAGAAGCCAUACGCCUGCCAGGAGUGUGGCAAGCGCUUCCGUGGCUGGUCGGGCUUCAUCCAGCACCACCGCAUCCACACAGGCGAGAAGCCCUAUGAGUGCGGCCAGUGUGGCCGCGCCUUCAGCCACAGCUCGCACUUCACACAGCACCUGCGCACGCACAAUGGCGAGAAGCCGUACAAGUGCGGCGAGUGUGGCCAGGCCUUCAGCCAGAGCUCCAACCUGGUACGCCACCAGCGGCUGCACACGGGCGAGCGGCCCUACGCCUGCAGCCAGUGCGGCAAGGCCUUCAUCUGGAGCUCCGUGCUCAUCGAGCACCAGCGCAUCCACACAGGCGAGAAGCCCUAUGAGUGCUCCGCCUGCGGCAAGGCCUUCCGGGGCCGCUCCCACUUCUGCCGGCACCUGCGGACCCACACAGGCGAGAAGCCCUUCACCUGCGGCACCUGUGGCAAGGCCUUUGGCCAGAGCUCCCAGCUCAUCCAGCACCAGAGGGUCCACUACCGGGAGUAGUGGGUGGGGGAGGCUCCAGAGGUGGGCUCCCGCCUUUCCACCCUUCCCAGUUGGCAGAACCAGCCCGCAUGCCAAGAAUCCCAAAUAAAUUCUGAUGGCAACAGGA